CCCAGGUUACAACUAGAAUCCAGGUAUUGUUACUGAACUCUACCAAAAUCAGAUGAAGGCCCACGACGGCGUUGAACAGCCUUUUCUGACGUUGAAGUAUAUUCCAUCAAAUUGAGACUGAAUAUACAGAGGAUUAUUAAUUACACUAGGGAAUUACAACUGGUUGAUUCAGCUAAUCGAUUCUACUUUUUAAAAUGUGUUUGAUAGAGGGGGUUCGUGUUACAUGUGUUUGUGUAAUAGCUGAUGAAUAUGUAUCACUAGAAAUUGUCUAAUGUUUGAAACUCCUAACUAGUUUGUUUACGGCCGGGUUCCGUGUGUCAACACCCGGGCUAUUUUGUUAGGGAGUUCCGAAUCAUUGAUAGGAUGGUGAUGGUGUCGUUGUCAAAACAGCUGGUACUAGGCGCAACUGUUACUUUCACGAAAGGGGACGUACUAUGGAAGUGUUUUUAUGACUUAUAAUCAAAUACAGUGUAUUACUUUGGAAUUUACGUUACAGUUGACCCGUCUGUUAUGCUGAAAUCAUGUUUUUUUUUGUAAUAAAUCAAAUUAACCUAGCUUUCAAAUUCUAAAAUACCCGACGAGUUAUCAACACUGUGGCGUGUCAAUACCUUGUCUAGUUGUCUCUUACCAAUCAAUGACGUCACGGUUAGGAUAUUUUCUGCUAUCAUAAAAUGGCUCGCUAUGGACUCUUAGGUGCCAUAAUACGGAAUGUCAUGUCAUAAAACCUGGAACAUCUAUUUCCGGAAAGAUAAAAGAAAAGUGGUUUUAGACCUAAACGGUGAUUAUUCGGCGCAUUUGGAUACUCUGGAAUACCGACCUUGUUGAUGGUAAGCUUUUGUUAGUAAGGAGAUCCAAUACCAAAACGACAACAGCGGAUACCUGUCAAUCACCGGACCAGCAAUAUGAAAUAACCCACAGAAUGUUUCCGAGAAUACGUGAUACUUAAAGUCUAUUAUUAAAAGGUGUAAAUAUCGGAGUAGAUAUCUCAGUAUGUUAUUAUUGGAUCCUACACCAUUUGUUUGUGAGUUUUAAUGGAAAAUAAGGAGACCAAGGUUCCGGAACCGGAAGGAGAUGUGAAGAAAGAAGAAAAUGUAGUUGUUGAGACCCCCUCCACAGAGGGGGCUCCAGGAUUAGAUGAUGACCCCGGGGGCUAUGGGGCGGGGUCGGAGAGUACGAUAUCUAGUGGAAUCGGGACGGGAAAGAGUUCGGAAAACAACUCCGACACAAUGUCCGUGAGUUCCGGUGGAACCGUUCAGUCUGUCCCGACUUCCGGGAAAGUUCUGGGUCUUUGUCAGAGGGGUGAAUGGAUGGUCCUUGAUCAGCACCUACGGACCCUCCAGAAGGGUCAUGCUGACCUCUCUCAACAGGACGAGGAGACGGGUCAGACUCCUCUGAUGGUUGUUGUCAGGGAGAACAAACUAGUGGUGGCCGAAAGACUUCUGGACCUCGGGGCACAGAUCAACGAGCGGGCUAAGGACGAUCGGACCGCCCUCCAUUUCGCAGCAGCCUUCGCCAAAGAUGACGUAGUACGUCUCCUCAUCAAUAGAAAAGCUGAGGUCAACCUACCGGGAGGGCCUAAGAGCCAGUUACCCCUACACAUGGCAUGUGCUCGGGCCAGUGGGGCUGUCAUGGUUGUCCAGCUACUGCUCAAAGCUUCAAGCAAAGAUGGCCGUCUUUAUGCAGACAAGAAUGGUGCGAUACCCCUGUUCCUGGCUGCGGAGGCUGGCAAUGUGGCCGUCUGUAAGGAGCUUCUGUAUCAACAUGCCGACCAACAACUCAAGAUGCAGAGGAAGGAUAAUGGGGAUACAGUACUACAUAUAUCAUGUCGUCGACGCGACCUAGACUUCGCCAAGAUGUUAGUCGAGUCAGGUGCGCCAGUGGACACCAUGAAUGAUGAGAAACAGACACCUCUCCAUCUAGCAGCGUGGGAAGGUGAUGAGGCAAUGGUCAAAUAUUUGUAUCAGAUGAAAGCAAACCCUAACCUCACAGACAAGUUUGAUCGUGGUCCAGUUCAUAUUGCAGCCGAACGUGGCCAUACCAACGUGGUUGACCUACUAGUAGACAAGUGUAAGGCGUCUAUUUCAGCUCGUACCAAGGAUGGCAGUACACUAAUGCACAUUGCCUCACAAUAUGGCCACCCAGAAACUGCGCUCGCCUUCCUCAGAAAGGGUGUUCCCCUCCACAUGCCAAAUAAGUCUGGAGCCAUUUGUUUACACGCAGCAGCCAUGAAGGGUCAUACAAAUGUGGUCCGUUCAUUGCUGACUAAAGGUGCCUCUGUGGACUCCAAAACCAAGGAUGGGUACACACCUCUACACCUGGCUGUAGAAUACUGUAAACCUCAGGUGGUACAGAUGCUCCUAGGCUUCGGGGCACAGGUCGAACUGAAGGGAGGACAGGCCCAGGAGACGCCCCUCCACAUUGCAGCCAGGACCAAGGAGGGGGAGAAAUGUGGAGAAAUGCUACUGAAAAGUGGAGCUAAUGUGAAUGCCUCACAGGAGAACGGUGAGACAGCCAUGCAUAUAGCUGCUCGAUAUGGCCAGUUGAAGAUGGUGAUUGCUCUGCUUGAGGAUGGAGGAAACCCUACUCAACAGUCCAAGAUUGGUGAGACGCCUCUCCACGUAGCUGUGCGUCACUGUCAUCUUGAGGUUACAAAGGAACUUUUACUCUACGUCACAAAACACAAGUCACGCAUUGAUGCUGUCAUGUUGGUUAAUCAACACAACUGGGAGGGGGAGACAUCUGUUCAUUAUGUGGCAGAACUCACUAAAAACAUGGCGCACAGUGAGUUUGAGGAUACAGACAUCACCAGGCUAUUAUUGGAGUACGAUGGAGAUACCAGUACACAGACUAAACUGACUCAUGAAUCACCACUACACUACAGUGCUAGAUCAGGAAAUGAAGACAUCCUGAUGGAAAUUGUUAAAAAUAUCAAAACCAGUGUCCAGUCAGCGGUCAAUACACAAUCAAAAAAUGGGUGGUCUCCCUUGCUGGUGGCCAGUGAGCAAGGUCAUCUUCAGAUUGUGAAAAUUCUUCUCCAGAACCAUGCUCGUGUCGAUGUGUUUGAUGAGCAUCAUGGGAAGGCAGCUCUUCACCUCGCGGCUGAGAAUGGCCAUCACCUUGUUGCUGAUGUCCUGCUGUGGCACAAAGCUUUUGUCAACGCGAAAUCUAAACUAGGUGUCACACCACUCCAUUUAGCGGCUCAGAAUGGAUUCAACAGACUAGUUAAGCUGCUGCUGGAGACGCAUGGAGCCACAAUAGAUGCUUUGUCUCUGGCCAAAAGAACUCCAUUGCACUAUGCUGCUCAAAAUGGUCAGAUGGAGGUUUGCAGUACGCUCCUCAAGAUGAAGGCAGAUGCCAAUGCUACAGAUGUUCAUGGUCAAACCCCUCUCCAUCUGGCCGCAGAGAAUGACCACUCUGAUGUUGUCAAGCUAUUCCUGAAGUAUCGACCAGAACUUGUUACCAUGGCAAACACUGAUGAGAACGGAAUGACAUGUGCCCACAUAGCGGCCUCUAAAGGGAGUGUGGCGGUCAUCAAAGAGCUCAUGAGGUUCAACAAGGGGGUAGUGACCACAGCUAAAAAUAGGACAAGUGAGUCGACGGCACUACACCUAGCCGCCGCUGGGGGCCACAAGGAAGUUCUACAUGUGUUACUAAAUGCUGGGGCGCUUGCUACAGAAGAAAACGCUGAUGGAAUGACUGUAAUUCACUUGGCUGGAAAGCAUGGUCAUGUGCACAUUCUGGAGGCCCUGAAAGGUCAAGUGUCAUGGAGAAUAACCAGUAAAAAGACUGGACUUUCUGCCCUCCAUGUGGCUGCCCACUUUGGCCAGGUGAACUUUGUGAGGGAGAUGCUGACUAAGGUUCCAGCCACGGUCAAGAGUGAGAUGCCUGGUGGAACAGGUGACGCUGCUCUCAGUGGAUUCUCAGCCGAGCAUAAGGCUUUACACAAAUGGUUAAAUCUAACUCAGUUGUUCCCAGAACAGUCAGGACUGACACCUCUCCACCUGGCUGCCCAGUCUGGCCAUGAAGGACUUGUGCGACUUCUCCUUAACUCCCCUGGGGUACAGGCUGACGUGUCCACGAAUGCUCAGGGUGCUAUUCCUCUCCAUCUGGCCGCCCAGGGUGGACACACCGCAGUGGUCAGUCUACUGCUUAGUAAAUCCACAACACAACUUCACCUCAAGGACAAACGAGGUCGUACUGCCCUUCACCUGGCUGCGGCUAAUGGCCACAUUGACAUGGUGGCUCUAUUGCUAGGCCAAGGAGCCGACAUCAAUGCCUGUGACAAAAAUGGCUGGACAGCCCUGCAUUUCUCAGCCAAGGCAGGCUACCUUACUGUGGUCAAGCUUCUGGUAGAGGGGGCAGCAUCGCCUAAGUUUGAGACCAAGGAUGGCAAGGUGCCGAUUUGUUACGCGGCAGCAGCAAACCACUCAGAUGUACUGAGUUAUUUAAUGAGGAAGGACCACAAUACACAGCACCUGAUGGAUGAUAAAAAGUUUGUGUUUGACCUGAUGGUUUGUGGGAAGAUGAACAACAACAAGUGUAUUGAAGAGUUCAUUCUCCUAUCUCCGGCUCCUGUGGACACUGCCGCCAAAAUGUCCAAAAACUUUCGCCUACUUGCAAUAAAAGAAAAGGAGCGUUCACGUGACCUGACGUCUGCUGGUAACUACUGUGAAUUCAUGGCAACAGAACUGCUGGCCAUAGCAGCGAGUGCUAACAGUGCUGGGACACUACUGAAGGCAGUCGACUGCCAUGGGACACAAUUCCUCGAUGUACUCAUUGAGCACGAGCAGAAGGAAGUGGUGUCUCACCCCGCGGUACAAAAAUACCUGUCCGACGUCUGGGUGGGAAAUCUUCGCUGGGCCACCUGGAAAAUCGUCAUGCUGUUUAUGGCAUUUUUGUUUAUCCCAAUCGUGUGGCUCAUCUUCUCUAUGCCACUCAAACACAGGUUUAACAAGGUGCCAAUCAUAAAGUUCAUGGCAUACCUUGUCUCUCACCUCUACUUAAUGAUCCUGUUUUCAUUAACGGUGGUCCUACCUCUCGUGCCGAUCUGGCAGUCUGGCAGCCUGAUCCCCCACUGGUACGAAUGGCUACUCCUCGCCUGGUUGUCGGGCCUUCUUGUAUCCGAACUGACAAAUCCAGGAGACCGAGGUGGACUCGGCUGGAUUAAAGUCAUCUCCAUCGGACUCAGCUCCAUUGGAAUAUUCGUGCAUGUCAUAGCUUUUGCGUUCGACACACAAAACCGACUGCUCAUGUUAUAUAUCAGAAACCAGUUCUUUGCAUGUGCACUACUAAUGUCUUUUGUACAGUUACUAGACUUUUUAUCGUUCCAUCACCUAUUUGGACCCUGGGCUAUCAUCAUCAGAGAUUUGUUGAAGGACCUGACACGGUUUUUAGUAAUUCUAUUGAUAUUUAUCACAGGCUUUACCCUCCAUCUCUCAGCAAUAUACCAGCCUGUGUACAGCCCAGUGUCUGAGAACAGUGCCCUGGGUACAGGUGUGGGCAACGGUGAACCACUUACAUACAUGACCCCUAUUGACACGUUUGAGUUACUGUUCUUCUCCCUGUUUGGGUUAGUGGACCCCGACAGUCUGCCUACCACUUACAGGAGUCCAUUCUGGGUAAUAAGUCUCGCUAAGAUUGUGUUUGGCAUCUACAUGAUGGUAACCCUGAUUGUCCUCAUCAACCUUCUCAUUGCCAUGAUGUCCGACACUUACCAACGGAUCCAACAACAGUCGGACAUGGAGUGGAAGUUUGGCCGUGCAAAACUCAUUAGGAACAUGAAUAAAACUUCUGCGACUCCUUCUCCUCUGAAUCUGUUUACGAAACUCAUCACCUACUGUCGUGUGGCGUAUAAACACAGAGGUAAACUCUGUAAUGGUCAGUCCCAAGACUAUGUACAUGAGGACGAGGAUCUGGACAAUGUCUCCGAUUCACGAUCAGUGGAUCUCCUGGCUCACAACUCUGUCAGCUGGCUCCGUAAUGUCGUACGACGAAAUACACAGGUCGCCCCAGAAGGUGGGUUCUUGCGUGUCGGCGGUCACCAUGGUCCCCAGCGCCUGGAGGAUGUUGUGGAUUGGUUAUUGGUGGUUAAGAAGUAUAUGUCAAUGCAGGGUAUAGAGGAUAGUGACCACACAAUUACAGGUGAUGACGAUACUGAUAAAAAUGGAGACAUUACUGGGAUCUACAAAAUGGGAGCCCAAGACAAUACGGAGAAGUCCAACAGGGACCAUAAGUCCUAGAUUGGUCAAUUUAACACUUGUUACUGGAAGGCUGUGAUGAGAAUAAAAACAAUUCAAAUUUUUCAUAGAAAUGUGAAUAUGAGAGAGACUGUGAUUUCAUAUAUCAAGGUUCAUAUAAUACAUGUAUAAUAGUAGUAGGACAUUAAUUAAUCUGAGCACUGUGGCUGAGGAAGAUUUGGUAUCUAUUUGUCUGUGAUACUAGAGUUACCCCCCCUGGGGGACUUUACCGGUGUGUUGACUAUACAUGUUGAUAAGUGUUGAUAAGUGGUGAUGAUGUCAGUAAAUAUAUAAACGUAAUCAUAUUAAAAAUCAACAUUUAUAAAUGACUGUGCAAUGUUUAUGUAUCUAAUGUUUUUGUUCAUAUCCUCUAGGUAAUUAAUUAUUUUAUUCUCUACCUUGAAUGUACGCAGUCUUCUAGUAAAUACAUAUAAUCAUUUUAUUGUAAGUAAAAUUUUGAUGUUGUAAUUCUUGACAGCUUCCAGUACUUACAAAUUACCUAUCAGAGUAGCGAUGUGAUAGUUGUUUACAAUAUCUCUUUAACUUUAUUCUAUUUCCUCUACAGACAGUAACAUCUCUCACAUUUUAAUUCAUGGUAUAAUCACAGGUUCUUCCAUUUAGUUGAUUCAGAUAGAGUUUGUUAAAAUCAUGAAUUCAAAAAUCAAAUAUUAUUACAUUAGCCACUGUUACUCUGGAGGUGAAGGGAUAGACAUGGUCUUUCUGGGACAAAGAUCAUCUGAAUUUUAUUAAUAGUGUUGGGGACAUAUUCUGACUAUAUUUUCAUCGUAAGUGUCUUCUACAACCUUGAAGAUUAAUUAACAUACCGGAGUAUAGAAGAAUAGUUAAAUGUGCUAUUUUGUUCGUUAAUCUUUUUCAUUUACUCUUGAUUACUUAAGUAUAUUUUUAGUGAUUAAUUUAUUGAUACCUGUAAAAAAGAUAAUUGUUAUUUUUUCAAUGUAAUAUGUUUUACACAAUAAUUCUGUUUUUCAUUUUCUAAUUUAAAAGCCAAAUUUGUGCUAUUGUACCCAGUCCAGUGUAGGAGGACGACAAUCAGAUUGGUUUUCAUUGUUGAUUUGAUAUGUUGAGUAUUUGUUUGCCAUGUGUCCUAUCUACAAACAUGAUCCGUCCUGUAUACAUGUACAGUGUCAAAUAAAAUGCUUGUAAAAAUGGUUAA